UAUUGGAUAGGUACGUCACCGCCUUCUUGCAUUCUGAGUAAUUUUCAGAACAGCUGCAGGAUUUUGAUGUGCUACUUCUCUUUCUUUUGCUCUCUUUCCAACUUUAUGGUUUUGCCAUCUACCUUGUAUUCUGUAAUCUACUUUGCUUGGUUUACAUUUUGUGCAUACAACUUCGCCAUCUGUUCCAGAUAAACCACCUUUCCUUUGAUACUCCACCUUCUAAUUUCUGGCUCUGAAAAACUGACACUUCAAGAUAAGAUGGUCCUGACUGACAAACCAAUCUUUGAUGUUGGAUUCCCUUGAGAAGCAGCCUGGCUGGAGGACAAUCUGACCAUUCCGACAGCUGGUGAUCACAGGAAGUGGCUGACUCAUAAUUCACCUUCUCUUGGGAUUCAAAAUGAACCUGACCAUAUCUUUUAAUUCAACAUCUCAGCGCCAAACCAAUUGGAGUUUUCCCUACCACGCCAUCCUGACCUGUAGGAACACGACCGACAUUACCAUGUUUCUGGUCACGUUAUAUAGCAUGGAAACCAUUAUAGGUAUUCUAGGAAAUUUGUGCUUGAUUGGUAUCUUGACCAAACAUAAGGACAAAGCCAUAGUGACCAAUAUAUUUAUUGCCAAUUUAAUAGCUUCGGACCUGAUCAUGUGCAUCUUCUGCCUGCCAUUCACCAUUGCUACCCUCUUGAUGAAGUACUGGCUAUUUGGUGAGGGUAUGUGCCGAAUGAUCUCAUUUAUUCAGUGUACCUCUGUGACUGUGUCUAUUUUGUCACUUGUACUUAUUGCUCUGGAAAGGCACCAACUCAUUAUUAACCCAACCGGCUGGAGACCCAGCAUCUCCCAAGCCCAUUUGGGCAUUGCUGUUGUCUGGAUCUUUUCUGCUAUCUUGUCCCUGCCUUUUGUAACUAACUCCACCUUGAAUAAUGUUGACCUAGCGCAGUUCCACAUAACGGAUUCCUAUGCCACCAAGGACAUGUGCAUGAAUUCGUGGCCUUCAGAAAAAUAUAAGAUCAUAUAUUCUACUGUGUUAUUGCUGCUACAGUACUGUAUUCCCCUUAUCCUUAUUGUUGUGUGUUACCUACAUAUUUACCUUCAGCUCCAGAAGAGGGAGGGCAUGUUUAAAAAUCAUGACUACAGUUGCCGGAGAAUUCAACUCAAGCGAAUAAACAUCCUGCUGGCUUGCAUGGUUGUUGCCUUUGCGGUCUGCUGGUUGCCAUUACAUGUUUUUAACAGCAUUGCUGACUGGGACUACAAAAUGAUUCCUAAUUGUCUCCAUGAUUUGAUCUUCUCAUUAUGUCAUCUUGUAGCUAUGGCAUCUGCCUGUAUUAACCCUAUUAUCUACGGUUUUCUAAAUAAGAAUUUCAAAAAAGAAGUGAAGGAUCUGAUUCUGAAUUGCCAGCACCGUCCUUCCCUGCAAGACUAUGAAAAUGUGCCUCUAUCCACCUUGCAGACAGACAUCUCCAAGGGCUUUGCACAGUCAAACUUUCCACAGAAUCUCACUUGUCCUGUGACAACAAUCUUGAAAUCCUGAAAUGAAUGUUACAACACUAUACCCCUGUGUGAAAAUCCCACUGAACCCCAUAGAAUUGAUUUCCUAGUAAUUUAUUAGUAAAGAUGGAUAGGACUGUACUGCUUGGAUUUUACAUGUGAAACUUAAAAUAAUGUAAUUGAAAUACAGAUACAUUGACUAAACCACUCAUUCAGUUUCUAUUUGUCUUCUACAGCAGUGACAUUUUUAUGAAAAAUCAUUACUAAGAAACUCACAAGUCUCAUGUACAAGUACUUUCUUUAGUAGUACACAAAUUGUGAUCCCCAAAUGUUAUAGAACACCCAAGUACUAUAAAUAUUGAUGGGAAAUUAAGAUAAGGAAUAGCACAGAUAUGCUGCCUGCUACAUGAUAGCACCACUGAAAGGAUGUAGCAAGAGCACCUGCUUGUCCCAUUUUGAUGGAUUCCUUUCAAUUGGUUCAGCCUGAGGAUGUGGACAAGGUGCUUGGAAAUUGCCUCUGCGUCUGUCUCUGUCUCUGUUCUAUGUGUAUAUGGGCAUUGAAUGUUUGCCCUAUAUGUAUA